AUGUUAUUGACACAAGAUGUCAAAUACAAGAAAGGGUUCAAAUUUGAUUACGUCUGGCCAAUCCUUAAAGGUAUUGAAAAAUUUUCAAAUAACCACAGCAACAGAGCCAUUGCAUUCUCAGAAGAAAGUCGUAAUGCCAAAUCAUCUUCAUCAAUCCAAGAUGAGUCAUCGCCAUCCCUGGUAUGA